GAAUCGGAGCGCGCGAGCAUGAGCAUCAUACAGAGAGUGGGCACCGCAGCUCCAAUCUUAAUUUAAGUUGUUAAUUUUCGCGCUCAGUGGCUGUGCUAAAUGACCUUAAGUGAUUCUCGACCUACCUGCAGGUAGAAGCCCGCGAGCUGAGUACUUCCAGUAGUAACAUGAUUCACGCUCUGGAACGGCAGUUUGUCGGGAAUUCGAAUAUACAUACAUAUUGUAUAUCUCUGGAGUGCUAUAAUUUGAGCACAUGCACAAUGGAAACUAAGAAGUAAAAACUAAGAAUUGUUUAUAUGUGGCGUAUCUAUGUGUAAUUCCAAUCGUCACGAUUUAUUGACAUGAGCAGUUUACUUAGCAAGUGAAUGAGAGAGCCAGAGCGAGCUUUCGCACUCACACAAAAGCCAACGAACAAAAAGCUUUGGGGUUUAUUGCUCUCUGAGCAUGUGAGCUGCACUUUCCAGCCGGAGAGAUAUAGACCCACCACCAAAACACCUCCUCUCUCUUCAAAGGUGGCUCCAAUUUUUAUCAGCACGAAGUGCGAGUCACACAGAUAACAAGAAGCCGGCGGGCGUUAAGUCAUUUCGAAACUUAUCGCUACGAUACUUUGCGCAAUCGACGGGGAAAGGAGAACGCGACGCGUAAUGCAGUGCGUAGUCGAGUAGAACCCCCAGCGGUGCAACAAUCAUGAAUAAGCUACGAUCACUGCUGCCGGGCCAACAGGCGCCCUCACAAGGCUCCUCCAACCGCCACUCGGUGGUGCUAGAGCCGGAGAUUGGCUUUCAGAUCACCAUCGAUACUGCUGGCGGCGAGAGUGCAGCCAAAAGCUCAACGGCAGUGCCAGAACUCAAUGUCCAUCUCAUUGCCGCCAGACAUUUGCCCUCCCUGUUCGGUUUCAAGAUCGUUCAGGGCUAUUUAAUUAAGGUAAAGUUAUUUCCCGGAACGAAGCGGCUGGACAGCACCAUUCAAACCAACACGUGGCCAAAGUUCAAUGAAAACUUCAAAUUUCCACUGGUUCCAGACAUUAAAUCUUCACUGAAACAUGGCUCCGCACGGGACAUGCUCUCCCGCCGUUCCACCAAUAAUCACCAGACGACGGCGCCUGCCACGACUCACGUACCCGAGCCCGACGAGCUUUUUGCCGGCCAAUUUGUUGUGUUCACUGUGUACGCGCUCCUGGAACUACCCGCCGCAAGUUUCAAUCGCUUUAAUAAGACAUACCGCUCGCUGAAGGAACGUAGCUCCAAUUUUGUGCAGCGCCUGGUUGACUCCUCUGCGAGUGGCACGCCCAACGAAUCCAAGCCCGAAGCACUCGGCAAGCCGAACGAAGGAAAGUCAAAGAAAAAGUCUGAAAACCCAAGGGAUGCCAUGCCACCGUUGACCAUCAGUGAAUCCCGCAGGAACAUAGGUUCCGUCACUUGUUACCUGGAGCCCAAACUGUUUAGGCGGAACGCACGUACUGGCUGCUAUUCCUCGGAAGAGCUAUGGCUUCCCAUCAAAGACAUAACGACGACAGUCUCCAAAACAACGUCCAACAACAACAACAACAACACUCUUAAUAACUCACCCAAAGGCGUUGUCGAGCUGGCCCUCGAGGUGCGCGAUCUCGGCGAGGAUGGCAGCAUGCCCGAACCGACUACUCCGCCGCCAACUCCUGCAGCAGGUCCUGCCUCGAACAAUUGGCAGCGUAUGACCGCCGAGAUGAAGCGGAAGAUGGGCAUGAGCAAUGCCAGCCAUGUCGAGUCUGGCAGAUAUGUGCUACGCGUGACGACCACGCGCAUGCGCUGCUCCAACAAGGUCAAGGAUGAGCUGGAGGCCACGGCCAGUGCGGGUGUCUAUGUGAAGACCACAGCCUUUGAGCAUGGCAUCUACAUAGAUGCCUGGAAGUCACCGAACUUCUUCCCAUCGCUCUCCACCAAGUGGGACGAUGGCACGGACGCCAAUGAGGGCACCAUAACCAUUCCGCUGCGCAGUCUGGAUCAACUGGAGAACAUUGUGGUACGCGUCACUCUUGCCACCAAGAAGAUGGGCAAGAAACUGGUCCUAGGCACGGUGCUGAUCGGCGGGGAUCGUGCUGGUGACACGGGCUCCGAGCAGAUGCGUCUCAUACGAGAGACUCCACCCGGCGAGCGGGUGGCUGCAUGGCACUGCUACCAUUAGCGGAGCUCCAGCUGUAGUCCAAACUGAAAGCCAAGCAAUAACAUGCCAAUGUAAAUAGUUUACGUUUUAGCCAAUUAAUUACCAAAUCAAAGUAUAGUUUUCUACGCAGUACUUUUCGAUCAUAAAAGUUAUUAAAUUUAAUUGUAAACACUAAAAA